UAUAACAAAAAAAAAAGAUAAAAAAAAACUAAAACAAACCCUAGCUCUGAAUCUAUUUUUAAAAUAUAAAUGAUGUAAUGCAGUACGAAGGUGCAACCAAUGAAGGUGGCAAGUCUCCAAGUAUAUGGGACCAUUUCAGCCACACUUAUCCAGAAAGGACCAAAAUGCAUAAUGGAGAUGUAGCUCUUGAUUUUUAUCAUCGUUACAAGGAUGACAUAAAAUUAAUGAAGGAGAUAAACAUGGACUCAUUCCGAUUCUCAAUCUCGUGGUCUAGAAUAAUUCCAACUGGAAAGCUGAAGGAUGGGGUAAACAAAGAAGGUGUACAGUUCUAUAAGGACCUCAUAGACGAACUUCUUGCUAAUGACAUACAACCUUCAAUGACGUUGUAUCAUUGGGACCAUCCACAAUCCUUGGAUGACGAAUAUGGUGGAUUUCUAAGUCCUAAAAUCGUAGAAGAUUUUAGAGAUUUCGCGAGAGUUUGUUUUGAAGAAUUGGGAGAUAAAGUUAAAAUGUGGACAACUAUCAAUGAGCCAUACAUCAUGGCCAUUGCAGGUUACGAUAAUGGUAACAAGGCGCCCGGACGAUGCUCGAGUUGGGUAAAUGAAAUAAGUCAGGCCGGCGAUUCUAGUACUGAGCCUUACAUUGUUUCACACAACACUCUUCUUGCUCAUGCCACUGCCGUAGAUGAAUUCCGAAAAUGCAAAAAAAUAUCUCAUGAUAGUAAAAUUGGAAUAGUAUUGGCACCAAUAUGGCAUGAGCCUUAUAAUUCAGACUCGGAUGAUGAUAAAGAUGCAGUUGAACGAGCUCUUGCGUUUGAAAUUGGAUGGCAUCUCGAUCCACUCAUAUAUGGAGAUUACCCAGAGACUGUAAAAAAAUAUGCCGGAGACAAAUUACCUUUGUUUACUACAGAACAGUCACAACUGUUAAAAGGUUCAACUGAUUUUGUCGGAAUAAAUUACUAUACAGCACGCUUCGCAACUCUUCUUGAUGACAUCGACCCUGAAAAGCCUCGGUGCAAGACUGACAAUCUUGUUGAAAGGAAACUGGCUGAUCAUAGUGGUCAUAUCAUUGGAAAUGGGGUUGGAAGUGGUUUAAUAUUGUCAUACCCGGAAGGCUUACGAAAAGUUCUUAACUAUGUUAAGGAUAAAUACAAUAACAUUCCAGUCUACAUCAAGGAGAAUGGAAUCCAUGAGACGGACGAUGGAACAAGACCAAGAGAAGAGAUACUUAAUGACACGUUUAGGAUUGAUUACUUUAAGGCACACUUUGAAGCACUUCACAAUGCUAUAGUGAAGGAUGGGUGUGAUGUAAGAGGACACUAUGCAUGGUCAAUGAUGGACAACUUUGAAUGGGAACAUGGAUACACUGUUAGGUUUGGUCUUUACUAUGUUGACUAUGCUGAUGGGCUCAAACGUUAUCCUAAAGAUUCAGCCAAAUGGUUCAAGAAGUUCCUUGAAAGAUCGGUCGGAGAGACCAAAUAA